AUGGCCAAAUGGGACCUUAACAGUGCUAGCUGCAAGAAGCGUCCUUAUUUUCACUUCUUCAUUUCCUGUGAUAUGAAAUUCGCAACAGACUGUCCGAAACCGGUGAAACCAGGAUUUGAGUUCAACGCAACAUUUACCAAACUAAUAAUGUAUCGUAUAGCAGUCGCUGCUUACGUAAAUAACCCAACAAAAUGUCUUAGCCGUUUUGCUGACGAUGUCGUUGUCAGCUCCUUCUAUGCACGAGUUUUUCAAAUUUUAUGGGAAAAAGGCAUUGAAGAUGACAUUUUGCGUCUAGCACGACAGCAUCCAGAGUACGAAUUAUGGAUUGCUGGGAUAUCAAUGGGUGGCUCUUUGGCCACAUUGGCGUCUCGAGCAGUUGUAUUUGGAAAAAUUCAUGACCCUAAUAAGAUAAGACUAGUCACAUUCGGAGAACCACGGGUAUUUGAUCGCGAGUUCGCAAAAAUUCACAACUACAUGAUAAAUAGGUCUCCCCAAAUGGUGAAGAAAACUGAGAUAAAAUUACUAACUGAAACAUAA